AAACAGAGAGCGACGAGAAAUAAUAAACCUAAGUGUAACACUCACACAUUUUGCAUACAGCACCACUUGUAGUAUCAUACGGAUAGAAUUAUGCCCCGUAAAACCUAUGAUAGAGCGGCCAUCGAGGCUCACGCUGCGGCAGUAGUCCGUGAUUAUGUUGCGAAGCCUCGCGUAGAGUAUCGCACAGUUAACGCCGUAAACGGACCUCUGGUCGUGCUUGAAAAUGUGAAGAACGCACAGUUCCAGGAGAUUGUCAGUCUGACUCUACCCAACGGUGAGGUACGUUCUGGUCAGGUCCUCGAAGUCCAGGGUAAGAAGGCCAUUGUACAGGUAUACGAGGGUACAUCAGGUAUCGAUGCGUCCAAGACCACCGUUGAUUUCUCAGGUGACAUUCUGCGAACUUCGGUGUCCGAGGAUAUGCUUGGUCGUAUCUUCAACGGUUCCGGUAACGCUAUUGAUAACGGACCCAAGAUUAUGGCGGAAGACUACAUGGACAUUCAGGGUCAACCCAUUAACCCUUAUGUGCGUGAGUACCCCGAGGAAAUGAUCCAGACUGGUAUCUCGACCAUCGAUGUUAUGAACAGUAUUGCCCGAGGACAGAAGAUCCCCAUUUUCUCCGCCAAUGGUUUGCCUCACAACGAUGUCGCCGCACAGAUCUGUCGCCAAGCCGGUCUCGUGAAGAAGGUCAAGGACACAAAGGACGGACACGAGGACAAUUUCGCUAUUGUUUUCGGAGCUAUGGGUGUAAAUAUCGAAACGGCGCGUUAUUUCAAGCAGGAUUUCGAGGAGAACGGUUCAAUGGAGCGUGUGUUGUUAUACCUCAAUUUGGCCAACGAUCCAACUAUCGAGCGUAUUAUCACUCCUCGUAUCGCCCUUACGGCUGCAGAAUACCUCGCCUAUCAGUGCGAGAAGCACGUGUUGGUUAUUCUUACAGAUAUGACCUCGUAUGCCGAGGCUCUGCGCGAGGUGUCAGCCGCAAGAGAGGAGGUGCCCGGACGUCGUGGUUUCCCCGGUUAUAUGUACACUGAUUUGAGUACCAUAUAUGAAAGAGCCGGUCGUGUGGGUGGCCGAAACGGAUCUAUCACACAGAUUCCUAUUCUCACUAUGCCUAACGACGACAUCACCCAUCCUAUCCCCGAUUUGACUGGUUAUAUCACAGAGGGCCAGAUCUAUCUGGAUCGUCAAUUGCACAACAAGCAAAUCUACCCACCUAUUAAUGUACUACCAUCUCUGUCACGUCUGAUGAAGUCUGCUAUUGGAGAGGGUAUGACACGUCACGAUCACGGCGACGUCUCCAAUCAGCUGUACGCCAACUUUGCCAUUGGUCGCGAUGUCAUGGCCAUGAAGGCCGUUGUCGGAGAGGAGGCCUUGUCCUCUGAGGAUCUUCUAUACUUGGAGUUCCUCGAGAAGUUUGAGCAGCAAUUCAUCACACAGGGUACAAAUGAUAACCGAUCAGUUAUCGAGUCAUUAGAGCUCGGUUGGUCGCUUCUUCGUAUUUUCCCCAGAGAAAUGCUCAAGCGUAUUCCCGGCAAGGUCUUGGACGAGUAUUAUCAGCGCGACUCUGGGUCGUCGAGUUAAUUAGGCCAAGAAUGUUAAGAAGACUUCGAGGAAACACAAGCUCAUAAACAGUAUGGGUCAAUGAUCUAGAGAACAUUUACUGCUUGUUGGUAAAUACACACGGUCUUUGGAAAGACAGAUUAAUGUUGUUGUACGUAAUAAAUGCCGUGUGCCCAAUUUUGAACCGAUA